CUUUCCUUCAGAUCCCUCUGUGAUGCUACUGUUUGCAGUGAUGCUUGGAGGGCAGGCACCUGCUGCUCUGUAAUGAUUCAGCCUCUUUCAGCCUCUUUCGCGUUAACACAACAGGAUGCUGUUGCUACUGUCACUGCUGCCUCUCCUGCCGCCGCCGCUGCUGCCGCCGCCGCCGCCGCCGCUGGUCCUGCUUUUGCUUUUACUUCUCCUGCAUGACACUUGUUUUCUUCAUCUAAGCAGACACCAGCUUCAGAUGCUUGAGGUGAGAAACAUGCCUUUCAGUUUGGGCUACUGGUUUACUUAAUUAGCCAGCCAUCAUCGGCUCCGAUUCUGUUUUGGCCCCUCCUGACCAGCCGGGAUGGUUUGCAGAAGCAUUUAAAAGAACUGGAAAAGUGGCCCAGAAACAACAGCUAAAGAAUUAUUACAAUAUACUUUUAUUUUGUAGUUGCCAGAAGCUUUUCUUUCUUUCUUUUUUCUUUUUUUUCCCUCUAUUCUUCCAACUGAACUCCUCUCGCUUUUGAUAAUGGCCUUGGACUUGGACGACUUAUCGAUUUCCCCCUCUAAGAUGCUGUAUCAUUUGGUUGGGGGGGGCUCUGCAUGGUAAUGGACCGUGAGAGAGGCCAGGCCUUCUGGAGGUGAGCCGAUGGAGAUUUAUUCCCCAGACAUGUCUGAGGUGCCUCCUGUGAGGUCCUCUAGCCCCUCCACUCAGCUGAGUGCAGACCCAUCUCUGGACGGGCUUCCGGCAGCUGAAGACAUGCCAGAGACCCAGACUGAAGAUGGGAGAACCCCUGGACUUGUGGGCCUGGCCGUGCCCUGCUGUGUGUGCCUGGAAGCCGAGCGCCUGAGAGGCUGCCUCAACUCAGAGAAAAUCUGCAUUGUCCCCAUUCUGGCUUGCCUGGUCAGCCUCUGCCUCUGCAUUGCUGGCCUCAAGUGGGUAUUUGUGGACAAGAUAUUUGAGUACGACUCUCCUACUCACCUUGACCCUGGGGGCUUAGGCCAGGACCCUAUUAUUUCUCUGGAUCCAACUGCUGCCUCAGCUGUGUGGGUAUCGUCUAAGGCAUACACUUCACCUGUCUCUAGGGCUCAAUCUGAAACUGAGGUUCAAGUUACAGUGCAAGUUGGCAACACUGCUGGGUCUUCUGAACCUUCAGCAGCACCAACCCCGAAGAAUCGUAUUUUUGCUUUUUCUUUCCUGCCAUCCACUGCACCGCCCUUCCCUUCAACCACUCGGAACCCUGAGGUGAGAACACCCAAGUCAGCAACUCAGCCACAAACAACAGAAACUAAUCUCCAAACUGCUCCUAAACUUUCCACGUCUACAUCUACUACCGGGACCAGCCAUCUUGUCAAGUGUGCAGAGAAGGAGAAAACUUUUUGUGUGAAUGGAGGCGAGUGCUUCAUGGUGAAAGACCUUUCGAAUCCCUCAAGAUACUUGUGCAAGUGCCCAAAUGAGUUUACUGGUGAUCGCUGCCAAAACUACGUAAUGGCCAGCUUCUACAAGCAUCUUGGGAUUGAAUUUAUGGAAGCGGAGGAGCUCUACCAGAAGAGAGUGCUGACCAUAAGCGGCAUCUGCAUCGCCCUGCUGGUGGUCGGCAUCAUGUGUGUGGUGGCCUACUGCAAAACCAAGAAACAGCGGAAAAAGCUUCAUGACCGGCUUCGACAGAGUCUUCGUUCUGAAAGGAACAACAUGGUGAACAUAGCCAAUGGGCCUCACCAUCCUAAUCCACCCCCGGAGAAUGUGCAGCUGGUGAAUCAAUACGUAUCUAAAAACGUCAUAUCUAGCGAGCAUAUUGUUGAGAGAGAAGCUGAGACAUCUUUUUCCACUAGUCAUUAUACCUCAACGGCUCAUCACUCCACAACUGUCACCCAGACUCCUAGCCACAGCUGGAGCAACGGACACACAGAAAGCAUCAUGUCGGAAAGCCAUUCUGUAAUCAUGACGUCAUCAGUAGAAAACAGUAGGCACAGCAGCCCAACUGGGGGCCCAAGAGGACGUCUUAAUGGCAUAGGAGGCCCUCGCGAGUGUAACAGCUUCCUCAGGCAUGCCAGAGAAACCCCUGACUCCUACCGAGACUCUCCUCAUAGCGAAAGACAUAACCUUAUAGCUGAGCUAAGGAGAAACAAGGCACACAGAUCCAAAUGCAUGCAGAUCCAGCUAUCAGCAACUCAUCUUAGAUCUUCUUCCAUUCCCCAUUUGGGCUUCAUUCUCUAAGACCCCCUUGGCAUUUAGGAAGGUAUGUAUCAGCCAUGACCACCCCGGCUCGUAUGUCACCUGUAGAUUUCCACACGCCAAGCUCCCCCAAAUCGCCCCCUUCGGAAAUGUCACCACCCGCAUCCAGCAUGACGGUGUCCCUGCCCUCCAUGGCAGUCAGCCCCUUCGUGGAAGAAGAGAGACCUCUGCUUCUUGUGACUCCACCCAGGCUGCGGGAGAAGAAGUAUGAACACCACGCUCAGCAAUUCAACACCUUUCAUCACAACCCUGCGCAUGAGAGUAACAGCCUCCCCCCAAGCCCCUUGAGGAUAGUGGAGGAUGAGGAGUAUGAAACGACCCAGGAGUAUGAGCCAGCUCAAGAGCCUGUUAAGAAACUCGCCAAUAGCCGGCGGGCCAAAAGAACCAAGCCCAAUGGCCACAUUGCCAACAGGUUGGAAAUGGACAGCAACACAAGCUCUGAGAACAGUAACUCAGAGAGUGAAACAGAAGAUGAAAGAGUAGGUGAAGAUACACCUUUCCUGGGCAUACAGAACCCCCUGGCAGCCAGUCUUGAGGCAGCACCUGCCUUCCGCCUGGCUGACAGUAGGACUAACCCAGCAGGCCGCUUCUCGACGCAGGAAGAAUUACAGGCCAGGCUGUCUAGUGUAAUUGCUAACCAAGACCCUAUUGCUGUAUAAAACCUAAAUAUACACAUAGAUUCACCUGUAAAACUUUAUUUUAUAUAAUAAAGUAUUCCACCUUAAAUUAAACAAUUUAUUUUAUUUUAGCAGUUCUGCAAAUAGAAAACAGGAAAAAAAAACUUUUAUAAAUUAAAUAUAUGUAUGUAAAAAUGUGUUAUGUGCCAUAUGUAGCAAUUUUUUACAGUAUUUCAAAAUGAGAAAGAUAUCAAUGGUGCCUUUAUGUUAUGUUAUGUCGAGAGCAAGUUUUGUACAGUUACAGUGAUUGCUUUUCCACAGUAUUUCAGCAAAACCCUCCCACAUAUUCAGUUUUUGCUGGCUUCUUGUGCAUUGCAUUAUGAUGUUGACUGGAUGUAUGAUUUUCAAGACUUGCAACUGUCCCUCUGUUUGCUUGUAGUAGCACCCAAACAGUAUGUCUUGUAAUGGCACAUCCAUUCAAAUACUCUUCUCUUUUGUAUGAAGUUUUCUUUGCUUUCAGAAUAUGAAAUGAGUUCUGUCUACUCUGUCAGCCAAAGGUUUGCUUCAUUGGGCUCUGAGAUAAUAGUAGAUCCAACAGCAUGCUACUAUUAAAUACAGCAGGAAACUGCAUUAAGUAAUGUUAAAUAUUAGGAAGAAAGUAAUACUGUGAUUUUUUAAAAAAACUAUAUUAUUAUUCAGAAGACAGCUUGCUCUUGCUAAAAGGAGCUGCCAUUUCCUUUAUUUUAACUUAUUUUUCUGGACAAAAAGCAAGAGUUUUAGGCAUAGCUUAGAAAAUGGGUUCUGGCUUGCUAUCAGGAUAAAUAUAACACCUUAGAAGAGGACUUUGUUUUACUUUCUCUCUGGGGGAAUGUUCCAGCGCUCAUCUAUUUGAGCAACAAAUCACAACCAAUAAAGGUGCAAUCAUUUCUGACUUGUAUUUUUUCACUUAUUUGGGAGCUACUGCAUGGCUGUGUCAUGGUACAAAAAGCCCAGCCCAAACAGCAUACUCAGCAGUGUGUCUGACAUGCUUCUAGAGUGAAACGUGCCUCUGUAAAAUGCAGGCUUGUCAUCAUAGGAAAAAAUGUUUCCAUCAUAGUGUUUGGAAGGAAUUAAUGUAUAGAAGACCCAAGUGGAGCAGCCAUGUGACUUGGUUGACAUUUUAAAUUUGGUUGACCACUUCUUUCUCCCAUUCUGUUUCUCUUGUUUUUCAAUGCCGCCUUGAUUAGAUCAUAACUAUGCAUGAACAUAUUUUUUUUGUCAGGAAUGGCCAAUGUGCAUGUUUUGUGAUUAGUAAGACUCUUCCACAAAUGCUGACUCAUCAGGAAGUGUCAUUAGUGUUGAAAAGAUUGCACCUUUACUUGAAGAAGUGAUCCCCCACUGUGUACUGACCUCUCUAUUUACAUUCUGUGCCACCCGUUUCCCCCUCUUAAUUUUUACUUUGCUGUCACAAAAGCAGGACUAAGGUUGUUCUAAACCUUGCAUGUUCUCUCGUGAUUGUAAAUCCAAUGAAAGCCUAUAGGUAUUAACAUUUGAAAUAACUGUUAAUUCAGGAAAUAAGAAAAAAAAAUUUUUUUAAAUGCUGAACCCACUGUAUGCCCUGCCUGGUAUCUGUCAAAUCAGGGCUGGAGUUUUACUUAGGUUCCAAGUGGCCUCCUAGGAGUCAUGGGAAAAAAUGGGAAAUAGUUUAACAGGGGGUUCACAAAGUCCAUGACAGUACUCAACUUCUUCUUUGCAGAUGUACUGAAUCUUCUUCUUUAUGUAUGUUACAAACAAAGGGAAGAAAUGACAUGCAAGUAGGUCUUAGAAGAAAAAUGUAGGCUAGGCAUGAGUCAGUGUCCUUAGACUCCUAUGUGUUUCUACAAUCCACAGAGGUGCUUGUCUGCAGGUCCUUGAAGUUAGUCUUAGUAUUUGGUAUUCAAAUUUUCCUGCCAUUGUUCACAUGCCACUUUCUCUGUGCUCAACAUUGUGCCCAUUUGCUUUUUAACCUACAUGGGGGAGCCCCUGUUAGGUCAUACUCAUUUCCCAGUUUUCUCAAAUGAGUUAGAUCAUGGCACGGUGAUAAAGUCAGUUUCAAGAGGUUGGCUAAACUCUUUUAACAUUGCCUUUGAAGGCUUUGACUCACUUCUCAACACUUCAAUAAAGAAACUCCUACUGUUAUUUAGAAACCUUACAUAUUCUGUUUCCAAUUUUUUGGGCAUUAGGGAGUUCAGAUGUCCCAUUGUGAAAAAUUUCAAGAACAAAUAGAAUCUUCCGAUGAGAACAAUGAAUAACACAUUUCUUCAGUUUGAGAAUUUCUACAAAUUUUGAAACUGUAAAUAUACAUGGAAUUUUAUUUCCAAUCUGAUUUUGUUACUUAUAGAGAUGGCUCAUGUGAGGUGAGGCCACCUUUGCUCCAGGGAACAAGAGUAUUCCAUAAUAAGAGAGGCCAGUUGACCGCUCAGGGCUACCUGCUACAGCCACCCAAUUUAUGUUCACAGGAACAUUUCUGAUACUUCAGUGCCACAUCACUCUCAACCAUCCCUAUUUAUAAAUUCAGGCAGUUCAGUGGCAGUCCAGAGGAGUGUAAACCUAUAUUCCCAGAAUGUGGAAAGCUGUCUUGGGUUUAAAGUAGUGGAAAUGGCCCAGAAGUUUGACAUUAACUUUCUUUCCUGGGUCUGGAAUCAUAUCCCACCAAGGGGUAUGCAGAGGAAUAUAGUAUAUACAAAACUCCUUUUUUUUUUUCACUCAAGAUUCAUUUUCUGUACUGUUUUCUCUUC